CUUUAUUAUCUAUAGAAUUUGGUACCAUAUUUGGUAGCAUUAUAUGAAUGCAAACACUGCGCAGCUUUUACGAUUUCGAAUAUUCACGUCGUGCGUGUGCGAAUUUAUAGCUCCAGCAUAAACUCAAGAUGGAUUGGACGAUUCAACUUCUGAUAAACUUGAUGCUUUCGUUUUGUGGAUUCAUUGCGACCAUUCGAGCUGUGCCGAAGAUGGGUCAUCUUUUUAUCAAAGCAAAUCUCUGUGGGAUAGACAUGAGCAAGAAGGAGUCUAAGAAAAUUCCUGAAGCAAUGGGAAUUGUUUGUGGCUGCAUCUACCUGAUUGUUGUCUUCAUAUUCAUCCCAGUCCCAUUUGGAACAUAUAUUGUCUUCAAUCAAGAGGGGUUUCCCCAUGAAAAGGAGAAUAAUACUUCUGCUAGCGGUGGUGGUUGUAGCCCCUAUGUUCUUGCUGCUAGUUCUGGUGCAUUCGUGGAGCUGCUGGCGGCGCUGCUCUCCAUCUGCUGUAUGCUGCUGCUCGGCUUCGCCGAUGACGUGCUGGAGCUCAAGUGGCGCCACAAGCUGCUGCUGCCCACUGUGGCCUCACUGCCGCUGCUGAUGGUGUACUUCGUCACCUACAACGGCACCACCAUCAUCGUGCCCAAGCCGCUGCGCUUCCUGGUCGGAUACAGCCUGAAUCUGGGUCCGCUGUACUACGUGUACAUGGGCAUGCUGGCCGUGUUCUGUACGAACGCCAUCAACAUCCUGGCCGGGGUGAACGGUCUGGAGGUGGGCCAGUCGGUGGUGAUAGCCGCCUCGCUGCUGGCACACAACGUGGCCGAGCUGGGCGGACCGCUGCGCGACACGCACCUGUUCUCACUGUACCUGCUGCUGCCGUUUAUUGGUGUCAGCCUGGCGCUGCUCUAUCACAACUGGUACCCGUCGGCUGCGUUCGUCGGCGACACCUACUGCUACUUCGCCGGCAUGACGUUCGCCGUCAUAGGCAUCCUGGGCCACUUCAGCAAGACGAUGCUGUUGUUCUUCCUGCCGCAGAUCGCCAACUUUGUGUACUCUGUGCCGCAGCUGUUCCACUUCGUGCCGUGUCCGCGUCACCGGCUGCCCAGGUACGACCGCAAGACGGACCGUCUGCACAUGUCCACCUCCACGUUCCGGAUGUCCUCGCUGCGCUGGCCGGGCCGGCUGGCCCUGCGGCUGGGCCACGCCGUGGGCGUGGUCCACCUGACGGAGAGCGGCGGCAUGACCACCUGCAACAACCUGACCAUCAUCAACCUGCUGCUGAAGCUGGCCGGGCCGCUGCACGAGCGGCGCGUCACACAGGCGCUGCUGGCAAUACAGGUGAUGUGCAGCUGUUUGGCGUUCGUGAUACGCUACCCGCUGGCCAGUCUGUUCUAUGACGUGUGACGUCAACACCCGUGACGUCAGCUCAGUAAUGUGCUUCACGUCUUUUACGACUGACGUCCGUCCGAAGACGUAACACUGUUCUACCCGUGACGAGAGUAUUUGCCAGGCUGUAGGCCACCAAGAGGCUAUAACCGGGAGAAGUUAGGGUGCACUGCCCUGAAUGGAACGCUAGAGGAACACUCAGGGCGUCAAAGCCGGGCAUUUGUUGUGUUUGUGUAUGUUAUGGCCGCUGUGUCAGGGCAUUAUCCAAAGUCACGGUUGUUGUUGAUGUCGCACUCUGUCCUGGGGAGCUCUGCCGGUGGUAUCACGGCAGCUCUGCCGGUGGUAUCACGCUCAGCAGCGCUGCUGCUCCUCGUGCGAUGAUACUCGUGAUACUGCCUCUGCGCGGCUCGUCCAGUGAUACCGCGACCGUCUUAGCUCGGGUUUCCAACUUCCAAGGUAGUUUAUGGCUUCGAAUGGGUUUGGAGCAGUUGUGUAUGCACUAGGGAAAAGUGGGAGAGAUACUUAAGUAUUUAAUGCGUGCUUUGUGUUUGUGUCUGUGUUAAUGGCUGCUCACAGGGGCACUACAGUUUUGGGACCCCAUAGUCCUUACAAACCGCUGCUUCUCAGCGAUAUGCUCGAACUUGGAAUGCUAUGGUGCUGUCUUGCACCAUAUUUUGGCGUAUCUGCGUAUCACCAAAUCUGGCAGAUAGUUGUGUUGCCUUCCUUCACAAUUGCAUAUGUCGGUUGUGUCUCCGAUUAGACUCGCACGGUUUUAUGCAUUUUACUUCGCAAUAGCAUCGGUUGCUGUGGUGCAUUGUGAUACGCGAAUGGAUAAAAUAUGAAGACACCGAUGCAUC